AUGGUGGUAGGAACCCCUAUCUCACACAUUAUCCAACUCAUCUCGGGAAAAUGUUGGAGAAAACCACUCUUUCCCACGGUUCUCCAAGUCAGUCAAACCCUAGCGAGAUAAUUCUUAACGAUAACGACGCCCCAUCCGUGAUUCACCUCUGGUCUCUCUCUCUCUCUCUAAACAUAGAAAGACAGUCUCUCUCUAUCUAAACAUAGAAAAUAUCUCAUCUAUAUAUAUACAUACACACACUAACUCUUUGCACUUCACGUAAACCACUCGUACCUUACACGAUACUCUGCUCUUUGUGUAUCUUCAAUUGCUUGACAUACUUGUCGUUGUUUUUGACAAAUUCAAAUUAUUUUCCCAUUUUUUUCUACUGUCUUAGAAUAUCUACUAUGUAAUAAUUAUAUUUUAGAUAAUUUUAUCCCAAAUUGUCGCAUUCGUUGAUUGAUUCAUCAUUUGGUCACUAUAAAUACAAAUUGUGCUCACCAUAUGUUUGUAUAUAUGCGUAGUACUUGAAAUUUAGGCAUUCCUGGUGUUGUAUGAUAAGAAAACAAUGAAGUCUUUGAUUGUGGGUGUUGUGUUGUCUCUGUUGUGUGGGUGUGUUUUGGGUAAGGAGUGUACUAACAUUCCUACUGAGCUAUCAUCAAAGACUGUUCGGUCUUCGCUGUUGGCUUCGAAGAAUGAAUCUUGGAAAAAAGAGUUGCUAUCGAAAUACCAAUCCCUUUCGAGACCAACAGAUGAUCCAUCUUCGAUUUCUACAAGUUUUCUUGCGAGAAGGGUGUUAUUGAACGAGGACAAUUGGGCGAUUUUGUCCAAGAAAGUGAGGAAUUCAGCUAGUUUUCAGCUGCCUCAGACCCUCAAGGAGGUGUCUCUUCAUGAUGUGAGAAUUGACCCUUCAUCAAUUCAUUGGGUGGCUCAGCAAACAAACUUGGAAUACUUAUUGAUUUUGGACGUUGAUAGCUUGGUUUGGAGCUUUAGGAAGACGGCUGGGUUGCCAACCCCCGGCAAGCCAUACGGAGGUUGGGAGGCACCCGAUCAGGAGCUCCGGGGUCAUUUUGUAGGGCAUUAUCUGAGUGCCACAGCUUUAAUGUGGGCGAGCACUCAUAAUGAUACUGUCAAAGAGAAAAUGACUGCAUUAGUUUCUGCGCUCGCUGCCUGUCAGGAUAAAAUGGGUUCAGGGUAUCUUUCUGCUUUCCCAACUGAGUUUUUUGACCGUUAUGAAGCUAUAAAACUUGUGUGGGCACCAUACUACACCAUUCACAAGAUAAUUGCAGGUCUGGUAGAUCAAUACACGUUUGCUGGCAAUGAACAAGCUUUAAAAAUGGCGAUUCGCAUGGUGGAGUACUUCUACAACCGUGUGCAAAAUGUGGUAACAAUGUACAGUGUAGAAAGACACUAUCUAUCAUUAAAUGAAGAAGUUGGUGGCAUGAAUGAUGUCCUUUAUAGGUUAUACACCAUAACGCAAGAUCAAAAGCAUUUAUUUUUGGCUCAUCUUUUUGACAAACCCUGUUUCCUAGGAGUGCUUGCAGUACAGGCUGAUGAUAUAGCUGGAUUUCAUGCCAAUACACAUAUUCCACUUGUUAUUGGUUCUCAAAUGCGGUAUGAAGUUACUGGUGAUCCACUUCACAAGGAGAUAGCGAUGUUCUUCAUGGAUAUUGUUAACUCUUCUCACGCCUUCGCAACGGGAGGGACAUCAUCCGGCGAGUUCUGGACGGACCCAAAGCGAUUGGCAACCACUCUGACAACUGAAACUGAAGAAUCAUGUACAACUUAUAACAUGCUAAAGGUGUCACGCCACCUGUUUAGAUGGACCAAAGAAAUAACAUAUGCAGAUUAUUACGAGCGAGCCCUGACCAAUGGUGUGCUGGGCAUCCAGAGGGGAAGGGAUCCUGGAGUGAUGAUCUACAUGCUACCAAUGGGCCCGGGACUUUCUAAGGCCAUAGGCUACCAUGGAUGGGGAACACAGUUCGAUUCUUUUUGGUGCUGCUACGGGACUGGAAUCGAGUCAUUCUCAAAGUUGGGAGAUUCAAUAUACUUUGAAGAAGAGGGAAAAGCUCCAGGGCUUUACAUCAUCCAGUACGUAUCCAGCUCGCUUGAUUGGAAAUCUGGGCAGAUAUUGAUAAAUCAGAAAGUAGAACCUGUUGUUUCAUGGGAUCCUCGUCUUCAAGUGACACUGACAAUCUCCUCGAAGGAGAAAGGGGCAAGUCCAUCAUCUACUUUAAAUUUGCGAAUUCCAAAUUGGGCACAGGCAAAUGGUAUUAAGGCAACUUUAAAUGGUCAGGGUUUGCCACCACCAACACCAGGUCAAUUUUUACCAGUCACUAGACAAUGGAACUCUGGUGACAAAAUCACUCUUGAACUGCCCCUAAGUCUUAGAACCGAGGCCAUUAAAGAUGAUCGGCCUCAAUAUGCCACCGUUGCAGCAAUUCUUUAUGGCCCCUACCUUCUAGCUGGUCUGACAAGCGGAAACUGGGACAUUAAAAAAGGAAAUGCCAAGUCCCUCUCAGAUUGGAUCACUCCGAUUCCGGAGUCAUAUCAUUCUAAUUUGAUUUCCCUCUCCCAAGGUUCUGGAAAUACAGUAUUUGCCCUUGCAAACAUAAACCAAAAAAUUGCAAUGACGGCGUUUCCUUUGCCCGGCACUAAUUUGUCUGUACCGGCCACCUUUAGACUUGUCUUAACGGACUCAGCUGCUUCCUCGAACUUUGCUGCACCAAAAGAUGCUAUUGGGAAAUUGGUCAUGCUGGAACCAUUUGAUUUUCCAGGUAUGGUUGUUGUGCCGGCUAACGGAAACCUUAUAGUUGGACCUCCCGGCAGUAAUUCUGUUUUCCACUUUGCUGAGGGAUUGAAUGGGAAGCCCGGAACAGUUUCAUUAGAGUCUGAUAGCCAGAAGGGUUGCUUUGUGUAUAGUGGGGCUGCAGGGGGAAAGCUUACCGCUGGUCAAACCAUCAAGCUCCAAUGCCAAUCCGGGGCACCACCAGAUGCUGGAUUUAAGGAGGCAGCUACCUUUGUGUUGAAUAACGGAAUAAAUGGGUAUCAUCCUAUCAGUUUUGUGGCAAAAGGAGCGAACAGGAAUUUUCUUCUCUCCCCUAUCUUUAACUUCAUGGAUGAACAUUAUACACCAUAUCUCAACAUCACAGCUUAAAAACUUCAACUACGCUUGAAGAAUAGCACAAUAAGAUUUUUCUGUCCUCUGCUUCUGUAAGGUGGCAGUGGCAAUUUUCCUUUUUAGCGCCAAUUAGAUUUAUUAUGUACAUUGGCUAAGUUGCCCAUGUGGGGUGUCUGAUGUAAUUAGUAUACAUAAAAUGAAUGUUGGUUUUAAAGCUUGUCUCUUUUCCUGGUAUAAUAUUGUUCUACUUUGUAGUAUUGAUUCAAAUGACACCACUUGUAAUAGUUUUCAUGCACAUGCCUCUAAAUCAAUCAUGUUGUUCAAUGAACUUGAAUCUUAAUGAAUUUAUGAGUAAUAUUUUUGUAUUGGUUAA